AUGUGCGUGUUCCGGUUUGUUGAACGCGAUGGUGUAGAUGACGGUGGCCAGCAUGCGGUGGUGUUAGUGGCUGGUUGCAAAACUGAAUCAAUGUGCACACUGACGUUUCCGGGUAAACUUGCAACCGUUGUCACCGUUCCCGUUCUUCAGAAGAAUGAAGAAGAGCUUCGUUCCGUAGCGAAGCGACAACGUGGUCAGCGGUCGCGUAAAGGUCAGCGACGGUUUUGCCUGAUGCCUAUCGCAAACCGCAAUCGAAUACUGCAAGGGCACGCUAUGCACGUGCACAAGACGAUGACAGGCGGUCGAGAUGCCAGUCAUUUGCCCCCAUCGCGCAUCUAUCAUUCACCGCUCUACAACCAGCCAACAGUUGAUUUGUUCAAGAGACGUCCUUUCAUGCUGCCUCCAACCCCCGCCCCGUUACCACCACCUCUCGGUCAUCAACAUCAACCAGCAUCUCUUCUAACAGGUUAUGGUCGGUGA